AUGGAAGAUUCUCAAACAGCCGAGAACAUUGCCCUUGUGACUCCGGUCCCGGGCGUCUUUGUCCCUCCGUCUAUCAACGAACAAGCCAUCCUCUCAGGCGACUCGUAUACAUACUUCUCCCCAGUUCCCUCGACACUUCUUCCACCAACCUCAUCAACAAAAUUCAGCACAUCUGACAACUCAGACUCACCUGCAGCGUCCGGCACUCCGGUCUGCCUAGGUGUCGAUGAGGCCGGCCGCGGGCCGGUUCUGGGACCCAUGGUGUAUGGUGUCUUUUAUCUACCCAUUCCUCUCUCGGACCCCUUGCUCCGUGAGACCCAUCACUUUGACGACUCCAAGGUGCUCACCCCAGCCGUCCGCUCCCAGCUCAUGACGGCUCUAUGUACGGCAGACUCCGACCUGGCCGAGUCUUGCGGCUUCGCCAUCUCAGCACUCAGCGCCCGUGACAUAUCCUCAGGCAUGAUGCGCCCGGGGGCCAACUACAACCUCAACGCCCAGGCCAUGGACGCCACCGUUGACUUGAUCAAGGGUGUUUUUGCUCAGGGCGUCAACAUCCAGGAGAUCUACGUUGAUACGGUCGGUCAGCCCGCCGCCUACCAGGCUAAACUGCAACGCUUCUUCCCCGCCACGAAGAUUACAGUCGCGAAGAAGGCAGACAGUCUCUACCCCUGCGUCUCGGCAGCUUCUGUGUGCGCAAAGGUCACUCGUGACGCCGCACUUGAGGUUCUUUACAAGGGGCGAGCCCCCGAGGCCGCGGCAGAGGGAGAAGAGGGCAUGGCUUGGGGUUCGGGUUACCCAUCAGAUGGGCGGUGCGUGUCGUGGAUGAGAUCUAAUAUGCACCCGAUCUUUGGAUGGGGGGCUGAAUGCCGAUUCAGCUGGGGCACGGCUAAGGACAUGCUCGAAGCCAAGGGGAACCCUAAGGUGGACUGGCCGGUCGAAGAUGAUGAUGAUACCACGCGAAUGACAGACUACUUCGUGUCGGGUAACAGGGAAGAGGACGGCGAUGAAUUGGGAACUUGGUUUGGGAGGCCGGCUGGCCUGGAGGCGUUUUAG